AUGCCCAGGUCACAAACUCUGGAGGUUCAAGUUACAGAACUAAUGGGAUCAGACAUCCGAAGCAAUGCCAUCCCCCCAUUGGUAUUCCAGCCGCCAACCUGCCUGCCACAUUUCAUUGCCCCUGUGAUGGUGAGACAUGGUAUCCAUGCAGCUGGAAGCAUGAAGACAGAGACAACCGCACAGCCCAGGAAGACAAAAAGGAAAGCAGAAGAGAGCGAAAAUGACAGCAAAGAAGCAGAGAAGAAGUUUAUGUUGGAUGAAGUAGAUGACGGGAACACUGGCACCACCCAUGUUGAGCACAAGAUGGUGUCGGUAAAGACAUUCAAUGCUGUGGCUCCUGAUGCCAUAUUAGCCGAUACGUCUGCAACAGAAUUGGUGAACAACAAAGGUUUUUGGGAUGAAAAAACUAGGCCUGUCGGAUGGGGUUUGGAUUCCAACAUCGCCACAAUGGUGGAGCUUUCCAUGUGCUACCACCCACGGCAAUGUGACAAAUGUGUCAAGUUGAAGGUUCCUUGCAUAGUUCUCCCAGACAAGAAGCCUGGAUGCAUCAGACUAUUUUGUGCAAACUGUGAUGAGAUGAAGAUCGCCUGCACAAUUGACAGCGCUGGUGUCAGGCAGAGGUUGCAAGUAAAGGCAAAGGAAGCUGUUGGUGAACUGAAAAUCAAUCGUCUUUCCAAAUGCCCUAGGUCAUGUGCGAAAAAGCCACACCCUGCCGCCAAAAAUCUGGCAAAAUCUGCUCCAGCCAAGAUCAUGAAACCAGCCACUUGUUCCUCCUCUUGUGUGGCUCAGACUGUUACUGUGGACGACCCGCCAACACUUUGGUCACCCCAUUUUGGACACCUCUUAGGUUGA